AACGCGAACCCCUCGUGGGUCAGUACUGCAGUUCGAUGGAUCUCGCAAUGAGAUCAAGAUCACCACCACCGAUAGCCCCACGAUAGCUGGGGUGUUUGUCUCUUAACUCAUCGAGCCUCCACCAGACAGUCUCAGAAGAGUCGUUUGGUGCCUUUUACCAUUCUAUUACCAUUCCUCCAGAGAUCGAAUCCGACCAUGUUCUUCGAUACCCUACCCAACGAGAUCCUCGGCCACAUCUAUCUCUCCUUGCCAGACAUCUCCUCCGUCAUCGCCCUCUCGUCAACCUCGCAUCGCUUCCACAGCGCAUACCAUUCCUCCAAGAAGCUCGAGAUCCUCCAAGAUGCCGCCGACGCCGAAUUCGGUCCGCUCGAAGACAUUGUCCAACUCCUCACCCAAAACGCUUCGCAACCCGCCCAUAUUCGCCGCGAAGUUCCCAUGAGCGAAGCCCUUCUCCACCAAAUCCUCAAAGUCGGCCGCGUAGCCCAGAAAUACGAGGAGAUCUAUCCCUUCAAAAAGUGGAAGACAGACUUCGCCAAUCGUCGGCUAUUGUCCACGUCAGAGCGAUACACUUUAAGACAAGCCCUCUACCGCCUCUGGCUGUUCGACAAAACCUUCCACACCUCCUCGCACGUCCGCACAUGCCGUGGGAUGCCAUCCAUCGUCCGCGAACGCGCUUCUCUCCUCCACAACUUUUCCACAACCGAGCUGGCCGCAAUGCUCGACGUCCACGCCGUGCUCCGCGACAUGGUAGCCAACAACAUCUGUCCCUCCAAUGGCCGCAUCAGACAAAAGUUCCAGAAACGCUACCCGGAAAGCAACCAGCAACUCCUCUUCAACAUCCAUCUCAAUUACCCACCCGCACCAUCUUCUUUCGUCGGAGAAGGCUGGUCAACGUUCGGCGCAGGCAGGUAUCAGUCCCGCCUGGCGCCAACUCGAUGGCACGAACCUGGAGCCGAGGGUUGGGGCGAUGACAUCUCGCACUACUACAUCAUCGAGGAUAUGAUGAAGUUGGAUCCGGAGCAGCUAUUGUAUCUGCGCGAUAACUGUCACUUGAAGGCGCAGGUCGAGAGUCAUGUUCGUGGACUCGGUGAGUGGUUCGUCAAUAAUGGAGAGACGUUUUCGGAGACGCUUGGGUUCGUGAUCAAGCAAAGAGGUGGCGAUGUGGAGGAUUUGAAGGUGGCUGUCGAAGAGGGAGAAGUCGGUGUGGCUCUUGUUGAGGACUACUAG